UAAACAUUCCCCAAGUGGAGACCAGCAAAGCCAAACACGUCCUUACGGAGUGAGCCGAGCAGCACCGCUAAUUACGUAAUCGCCCACGCAGCUCCGCGGGUCCGACACUUUCUUCUUCCCCCUGAAUUGGGCUUUUUUCCGCCCCAAACUAAAAAAGCUCCAUUAAUUUCUCCCUGCUUUUUUAGUUUUGGGCUUCUCAACCCAUUUUCCGUCUCCACCAGGCCACCACCACGCCACCACCAUCAGUCUACGCCUAUUAUACCGUAUACGAAACCGUCGUCUUUAUACAUACACUCACACCAAACUCAGAACAGAUAAAUUAUUUAUUUUUUUUGAAAAAAUAAAAACCAAAAUUGAGGAUUCUCACAAAAUGUUUUUUGUUCGGUGGUUACUGAAUAACGCUUUUCUUCUUCAGUAGUCUUUCUAUUUUACUUGCGGCAAAGAUCGACGGUAGCUUCACCGAUCAGCUUCUCAUAGGUUCGUCCACCGCUUUUUCUUUUUCUUUUUUUCUUUCUAAUUUAUUUCUCGUUUUCUUUCCAGAUCCUGUUUUCGUGUUUUUUUUUGUGGGUUUUUUUUUUUGAUUUUUUGAUUUUUUGAUUUUUUGGUUUUAUUGUGAUUGGAAUGAGUUUUGUUUGGAUGGUUUUUUAGGUGUUUCUAUUGUAAGCUUACGGUGAUUUUGAAUUGCCAAUUCGGGAAUCGUUUGAAUUUAGGUGGCCAAAUUUUGGAUUUUUGAUGUAGUUUAUAUUGGCUUUUGCUUGUUUUUUGUUUUUGUUUAUUUAUUUAUUUCUUGUUUGCUUGCUUAAUUCAUCUGUGUGAAUUUUUGUGUAUCUGUGUUGUAUUGGACGAUUGACUUUCCCUUGGCUAGCUUCUGAAAUUCCAGUGGUCAAAGGAGCUUGCUUUAGGUGAUAAUAGCGAAGAUUAUGUUUGUGGUGCGUGUUAGCUUGAUUUUGUCUGAACUGGAUUCUAUUUACUUCUUCAAUUAUUUAGUGGUGUAACUAGUGCCUGUUAUAGUCGGUUUGCUGUGUGUGAUCAAUUGAUGAAUGUAAAUGCUGAUUUAAACGUUUUCGGCAACUAUUUUGCUGCUCUGAUUGAGGUUAAUUAAAACAAUGAAGACUCGCUUCCGAGCAAGUGAGAGCAAGGCUGACAAAACAAGGCAGAAAUGGGGAGUUGGGCUCAUCUUUUGCAUCCAUGUACUACGUUUGGUUUUGAGACCCGUCCACAUUAAGAAUUUAUUUAUAUACCACUUUUGUGUUCCAGACAUUUGAGUGGAACUUUAUCCCCUUCAAAUAACUUAUUGUUUGUUAAUCCGGCAGCGAAUCAGUUGCACUGCCUACUGGACAUUUAGUUAUAUUGAGUAGACUUUAAAUGAAAUCCUGAAACUUGGCUUGAUCAUAUGUUUCUAAUUUUUCUUUGGCGUCCUAAAUGAUACUCGUACUUGGUGCUAAGUUUAUACUAUGCUCAAGCCUGAAUUUCCCGUUAGAUAUUUGGCAGUUUUGCUAAGUCUUCUUUUCUAUCUCUUCUGAAUCAUGCUAUGCUUUUCUGAUUUUGUGCCACAAGAUUAUUCUUUAACUAGUUUAUCUCUUUACUAGGUGGGGAAAGACAUCUGUGCGUAACUGCUUUUGGGAUAGUUUGCUGUCUUAUUGUUUUGUAAGGCAUUGGGGUUUUGAGGUUUUGGUCCAUAUGAAAGGGGGACGGAGUAUCUUGGAAUCCUUUCAUGAGGAUAUUGAUCUGAACCAAGAUACGAGCUCUCAUAGUGCUGCCAUGGACCGGUCAGCUGCUUGGGAUAAUCUGCUGAAUCCGGUUGAAAACCGGCUGUCAAAUUAUGGUCUACCUUCAAGUGAAGGAAAUAAUUAUUGUGUGGAUAAUGCAAGUCAUAUAGGUCGAACAGCUGGUGGCUGGGAUCCCGGUGAGUCGAGCUCUCGUGCAAAUAUACAGGGUCAGUUGAAUGCUAAUGACUUAAAGAUUGGCCCAAGUUGGGCUUCUUCUCUAAAUGACUGUGUAAUGAGUGAUGCAGGGCCAGCAGACUGGUCGUUUGAACGACCUGAUCAUUUUCUUCACGAAAACAUUUCUAGUGGGUUUACUCGCAACUAUUCUCAAAGGCCUCUGAAUAUACAGGGUUCCAUCUCCUCUCACAGUCCUCUUAAUGCAUCUUCUAACGGGGGUUACCGAGGUAAUGGUGAUAAUGGUUGGUUCAAUAGAGGAUCAGGUACAUCUUCGAAUUUGUACCGGUCUGGCAGAUCGCAGAUGGAUGAUUUUCCAGCUCAGGGUACAACUCCGGAUAAUCAUGGGCCUUUUCCUGGAAAUUCUGGUUAUAUGGUUCAACAUCAUGAUGGUUCAGGUUCAUCUUCGAGUUCCUGGGGUUUGUCCUGUAAGCGAAAGGCUGUUGAAGGGAAUCCUUCACGACCUUCUUCUAGUGGAAAUCUGAGCGUUGAUCUACAAGUUGAAACUGUUGGAAGGCACUCUCUACCUUCUCGUUAUAAUGCUUCUAGCAGCUUAGGUAAUAUACCUGCCCCCUCUAUGAGUUUACAGGGUCCUGGCCACCAGGGACAGCUGAACCUAAGAACUGGGUCCGGUAAUAGAGGUGGGAAUUAUGGAUUUCAUCCUUUUAAUGGUAGUAAUGAAGUUUUGGAAGCCUCCGAAAGAACUUUCAGUUUCAGACCCGAUCGUGGACAACGUGAACCCAUAACAUUUGAUUUAUCAGUAGCAGGUCCUGAUGUUAGAAAUCCUAAUAUCAACUCAACGCAUCAUCCAUCAAGACUUGUUUCGACUUCUGAUUUACCGGAAAUGAGAGCACCGUAUUCACGUCCAUUAAAUUUGAACAAUACCCCGAGUCGAUCACAUAUGAUGCAAGUUCCUGGUUCUGCAAGAAGCUUGCUUCCUUUAGGUAGGAAUGGAUCUGGUAGUACGAGUAGUGGUACUUUACUAGGUCCUGGCUUAUUUCCUGGGGAACGAGAUGUUGCAUUGAGGGAUGAAGUGACUUUCAGAAGUUCCCAUAACAAUCACGAGCAGUCGGGCUUUGUGUCUCCUCCUGAAUCUAUGCAUAUGGUACAAGAACCUAGUGGCUGGAGCAGCUUCUCUCGUGGAAGUACAGGCUCUUCAAGAAAUGUUUCUUCUAAUUCUCGAAUAACUCCUAGUUCUAGUUCACGAACUUUCCCAAAUGCCUGGAUGCCUCAUCAAAACUCAGCAAGCCAAAAUCAACAGAGAAUUGCAGAAUUUCUUCCAUGGGUUCUUUUCCCAUCCGUGGACCCUGACCCUGGGGUUCAGAGAGGGCACUUUUCAUUUUUCCCUUCAGCUUCUUCUUCCUCAGAGGAGGCUGUGAUGUCAUCUGGAUCUAGUAGUGGGGACCUUAAUCAGCCAUAUUCUAGGUCAGUGCUGAUGGAGGUUUCUGGUGAUGAUGCGAACAGUUGGCGAGCUCUAGCUGCUGCAUCUGAUGGAAGGCAGAGAAUUGCAUCAGAGAUUCGUCAAGUGUUGACUGCGAUGCGACGGGCUGAAAACUGGCGAGCUGAGGACUAUAUGCUGUUCCAUCCAUUUCACAAUGGAGCAUUUGAAGCGCAUGACAGACAUAGAGACCUGAGGCUUGAUGUUGAUAGCAUGACCUAUGAGGAGUUACUGGCAUUGGAGGAACGCAUAGGAAACGUGAACACUGGAUUAUGCGAGGAAGUCAUUAUGCACUCAAUGAGACAGCGGAAGCAUCAGUUGUUCAUUGGAGAAUCAUCAAACUCAGAGCCAUGCUGUGUGUGUCAGGUGAGGUUUUGCUGAACAGCAACGUAUAUGGAGUCGAAAACCUUCUGAUCCUCCCUUACUUUGUUUACUUUGCACGUAUGCGACCUUGACAUUGAUACUUCACAGAAUAAUUGAAUAACCUGCGAUUGCAACCACUGCUGCUAAUUCAUGGAAAACGCUUACUUGUUUCCUGUUUAACUUUUAAUAUUGCAAAACCAUGGUUCUUAAGGAAGAAAGAUCCUUGCACUUUAAGGCCAUGAAGGCCUUUUAUCGUUGAGAUAGUUGGAUUCCUUUCUAACUCUGCAGUCUCUUGGUUUUACUUUUUACCAGGAGGACUACACAGCUGGAGAUGAUAUUGGAAUUUUGAACUGUGGCCAUGAAUUUCACACAAACUGCAUCAAACAGUGGCUAUCUCUGAAGAACAUCUGUCCAAUAUGUAAAAUGACAGCUUUGGAUGUUGUUUGAAAAUCAAGCAAAGAUUCACCUCUUCUCCUCCAUCAUUUAAGUAGUAUAAUAGAUUAUUAUUAAUACUAUUAUCUUCUUCACCUUGAAGAUAAAUUUUAUACAAAAACAACACCCCCCCCCCCAAAAAAAAAAAAAAGGUUUCCUUAACGUGUAUUGUACUGAUUGAUCUGGUUGCAGAAAAAAUUUGUCGAGCUUAAUGCUCUGAUUUGUAAACAUAAUUUAUCUGGAUAAGUUUAUGAAAUCAUAAAAUUCCUUGUGGGAUAUUUUAUUUAUUUCAUAUAUUAUGUGCUUUUAACGAGAUUAGUUUUUUUUAUUAUGAAGAAUGGAAAUCAU